CCUAGUCAGAAAAUCAGAUUCCUUCCUUCCCCCUCGAUACUUGCAUAACUGAACGCUCUAUUCUCCAAGCUCUUUUAACACAGGAAGAAGAAGGGGCCAUCAGAUGGCUACUGCUGCUUCUCCAAUGGCCAGCCAGCUCAAGAGCAGCUUUGCCUCAUCUUUAGCAAGGAGGCUUGUCAUUCCCACGGCCAUAGCUGGAGCUCCAUUUAGAGUUUCACCCAGCAAGAGAAGCUUCACUGUCAAAGCCAUUCAAUCAGAAAAGCCAACAUACCAAGUGAUAUAACCAAUCAAUGGCGAUCCCUUCAUUGGAAGCCUUGAGACUCCCAUCACAUCAAGCCCACUGAUUGCAUGGUACCUGUCAAAUCUGCCCGCCUACAGGACAGCAGUCAGCCCACUUCUCCGAGGAAUCGAGGUUGGACUGGCCCAUGGCUUCCUCCUGGUAGGACCAUUUGUCAAGGCUGGUCCACUGAGGAACACAGAGUAUGCAGGUGCAGCUGGAUCUUUGGCUGCAGGUGGUCUAGUUGCGAUACUAAGCAUUUGCUUGACCAUGUAUGGAGUCGCAUCAUUCACUGAAGGAGAGCCAUCCACUGCCCCGGGUCUAACCUUGACCGGAAGGAAGAAGGAGCCUGACCAGUUGCAAACUUCGGAUGGAUGGGCCAAGUUCAGUGGAGGAUUCUUCUUUGGUGGAAUUUCUGGUGUCAUCUGGGCAUAUUUCCUUCUCUAUGUCAUUAACCUUCCUUACUAUGUUAAGUAGAGAAAAACCCGACCUUUUGCUCUGUUUGUUGUUACUUCUUUCUGUCAAUGUAAAUUUAUUUACUCAGGAUCUUGUUCAUUUGUAAAAAUAUAUUCCAUAUUUGUAUGUGAA